GGAAAGUAAUUAAAUUUUUGCAACGGUGGGUCCAAUCCCAAGUACGGUACGUGUGGGAAAAGACGGAGAGAAUGGUUCGUUGAUGAUUCCUUCUUUCAACGCUUACCGCGUAAGCAACCUGCGAUCAAAACCACCGUCACCCAAACGCAUCACAGAGGAUUAGAUCGGACCCUAUUACGCACUGUUACACUUUCUGUUCCAUCUCUGCUAAGGUUCUUCCUUCCACCGCCAUGAGUUUCAUCUUCGGAAAGAGGAAAACGCCCGCAGAGCUUCUGCGGGAAAAUAAGAGGAUGCUGGACAAAUCAAUUAGAGAAAUUGAGCGUGAGCGGCAGGGUUUGCAAGCACAGGAGAAGAAAUUGAUUUUGGAGAUAAAGAAGAGUGCCAAACAGGGCCAGAUGGGAGCUGUUAGAGUUAUGGCAAAAGAUCUGGUUAGAACAAGGCAUCAGGUUGAGAAGUUUUAUAAGCUAAAGUCUCAGCUCCAAGGUGUAUCACUCAGAAUUCAGACUCUGAAAUCGACACAAGCAAUGGGCGAGGCUAUGAAAGGCGUGACAAAGGCCAUGGGGCAAAUGAAUAGGCAGAUGAACUUGCCAUCUUUGCAGAAAAUCAUGCAAGAAUUUGAGAGACAGAAUGAGAAGAUGGAAUUGACAUCCGAGAUGAUGGGAGAUGCAAUAGAUGAUGCUUUGGAAGGAGAAGAAGAUGAAGAAGAAACUGAAGAUCUAGUGAACCAAGUUCUUGAUGAGAUUGGUAUUGACGUUAACCAAGAGCUUGUAAAUGCACCAUCAUCAGCUGUUGCUGCCCCAGCUGCAAAGACAAAGGUACCUCAGGUUGAAACUACUGGGAAUGAUGAUGGAGGUAUAGAUAGUGAUUUACAGGCAAGGUUAGACAAUUUAAGAAAAAUGUAGUAUUUCCUCUACGAUACAGGGAUUCUACUUAUACUGGGAAAAGUGAUGCUCAUAUGUACCAUAUAACAUAAUUGAGAAGUUGUGCCAGGAUUUGAUGAACUCAUGAUUAUAAAAUGGUUUUUUUUAUAUAAAUAAAAUCUUCUUUUCUGUUUUUAUAUAUUAAA